GUCUUAACAGUGUACUUUUAAAUGAACAAGUACAAUUAAACGUACAGAUUCAACCCGAAAAGCAAACCUAUUGAAGAUGUUUUGCACACGGAUCCAGCCUAAUUUGAAACCUGAAGCCGGACGUCGUCCUGCAAUUGACAAUGUCUUUGGUAAGGAAUGGUGCAUGAACCUCUGGAGACACGAGGAGUCACAUGUUGGUGAGCAGGAGGACACACAUCUGGACUCUCCAGUCAUCGCAGAAGAGCCAGUAGAUCUGCUGGAUGAAGAACCAGAUAUGAUCAUGAUCAAGGAGGAGACAUUUGAAGAUUGCUCUGGGAAGAAUAACCCUGAGGAAGAUGAAAGUUGCAGUUUGAGAGGACCUGCAGUGACCAGUGAUGAGAGAUGUGUCGCCCAGAGCUCUGAUGAUUUUAUCACAUACAUGGUACCUUCAGAUGACCAAGUCCAAUCGAACGUGCACCAGACACCAGCUGAAGAACAAGCUCUUGAUGGAACGAUCUCUACACAUGGAGACAGUACAACAGAGCAGCAAACUUUCCAUAGUACACACAACCACACAAGCACUCCAGAAGAGAAAAGGUUUGAGUGUGUAUUCUGUCGAAGAAUCUUCAACAAACUAACCUACCUGAAAGCACACAUGCGAACGCACUCCGGAGAAAAACCUUUCGUCUGUACAGUUUGUGGUAAAAGAUUUGCUCAAAAAACGUACCUCAGAAUACACCAGCGCACUCAUUCUGGCGAGAGGCCGUACUCGUGCAUGGAGUGUGGAAAGAGCUUUGCUCAAAAGAGCUCUCUAAAUGUACACCUCCGAAGCCACACUGGAGAAAAGCCAUAUAGCUGCUCAGAGUGCGGUAAAAGCUACGCGUACAAACAGGGUUUCAAUACACACCAGUGCUUCAGUUAGACUAGUACAUACUGAAGUGAACCAUUACUGAAUUUUAUCUGUAUCAAAGUUGCUGUUACAGCAGAGUGUGCAUUACUGUGCAAUAUGAACCCUUAAAAAUUGCAAGUAUGUCCAUGUUUGUUCACAGAAAUGUAAGUCCUGUAAAUGAAACGUGUUAUACAGAGUCAUCUGUGCAUUGAGUUCACCUUCAUUUAGGACCAUCUCGAUGUGUAUAUUCAUUUGAACAGAGGGAUAAACAAACACGCUUUAAUAAACUUGACAUAAAGUGAGUAAAAUCAUGCAAACCACUUUUUAUUCAGCAUGGCUGAAAAUACACAUAGUAAUUGCUGUUUGCUUACACAUGCAAUCUAGUUGACAUCUGAACUCAAACCUCUAUAGAAGCAUUGUACAAACUACAUACUACUGAAAUUACAGCUUCCGUAAAGAUCAAGUAGUGUUACUUGUCGCUUUACACUAAUGGCCCAAAACUGAUAUAACAUUAUGAUAAUGUUUU